GUAGUUUUCCUUCCCCCGCUGGACUUCAAUUCUACCCAAUCUUCUUGCUGUAUAUUCUACUUGUAUAAAUACCAAAUCAGAUCCCCUUCAUUUUCAGUUUCACUCGCUAUCUCUCUGCUUAUUUUGCUAUUCCCGAAGACACACGCGCUAUACAUGAGGCUGCCUAGAGUUAUCAUGGAGGUCGGUGACGACGGCGUUGCGGUCAUCACCGUCUCCAAUCCUCCGGUCAAUGCUCUCGCCCUCACCAUUUUUGAUGGACUGAAGGAGAAGUAUGCUGAGGCGAUGAGAAGAGACGACGUCAAAGCUGUUGUUCUUACCGGUGAUGCUGGAAAAUUCUCUGGUGGCUUUGACAUAAAUGUGUUUGAGAGGGUGCAUAAAACAGGAGAUGUUUCCAUCUUACCUGAGACGUCUAUUAGUGUUGCGGUGAAUGUAAUAGAAGAUGGAAAGAAGCCUACUGUUGCUGCCUUGCAGGGACUUGCACUUGGAGGUGGAUUGGAACUAGCUUUGGCUGCUCAUGCACGAAUUGCUACGCCAAAAACACUACUUGGUCUGCCUGAACUUACUCUUGGUGUUAUUCCUGGAUCAGGAGGUAUGAACUCCUGCAAUAUUGUAGUACUAUUUUUAUUCAUUUUCGUAUCUCAAAGCAGACAAUUUCAGUUUACACCAUCUGAUCUUUAUAUUGGUCAUGGUACUAUUCCAGGUACACAGCGUCUCCCUAGGCUUAUUGGGCUUCAUAAAGCACUUGAACUUAUGCUGUUUUCUAAACCAAUAACAUCAGAAGAAGGAAAUGGUCUAGGGCUUGUUGAUGCUGUUGUUCCUUCUGAUGAAUUAAUAAAAGCAUCCCGCCAGUGGGCACUAGACAUCAUAGAGAGGCGCAAACCAUGGAUACGCUCUCUUCAUAGGAUAGACAAACUUGGUUCCGUGCCAGAAGUGGUUGAUAUAAUAAAAACAGCAAGGCAGCAGGCCAAACAGAGUUUUAAAAAUGUGCCUCAGCACCAGGCAUGUCUUGAUGUAAUUGAGGAAGGAAUCAUUCAUGGUGGUUAUCAUGGAAUUUUGAAGGAGUCAAGUGUAUUUAAAGAUCUAAUCUUUACAGACGCAUCAAAGGGUCUAGUGCAUGCAUUUUUUUCUCAAAGGGCAACAAGUAAGGUUCCAAAUGUUUCUGACAUUGGACUAAAACCAAGGAAAAUAUUGAAAGUCGCUAUUAUUGGUGGAGGGCUAAUGGGUUCUGGCAUAGCUACAGCACUGAUUUUGAGUGAUAUAUAUGUCAUCCUCAAAGAAAUCAACUCUGAGUAUCUUCUGAAGGGAAUAAAAGCAAUUGAAGGGAAUGUCCGAGGUCUUGUAUCAAGAAAAAAAUUGGCAAAGGAUAAAGCAGAGAAAGCCCUUUUGAUGGUUAAAGGCACUUUGGACUACACUGAUUUCAAGGAUGUGGAUAUGGUUAUUGAAGCCGUUGUUGAACAUAUUCCUCUGAAGCAGAAAAUUUUUGCUGAUAUUGAGAAGGCAUGCCCACCUCACUGUAUUUUGGCUUCAAAUACUUCUACCAUUGACCUCAAUGUAAUUGGAGAAAAGACCAAAUCACAAGAUCGGAUAAUUGGCGCACAUUUUUUCAGCCCUGCUCACGUGAUGCCUCUCUUGGAAGUUGUACGGACGGAGGAAACUUCUGCACAAGUAAUUCUUGAUUUGAUGAAUGUUGGGAAGAUCAUAAAGAAAGUUCCUGUUGUAGUUGGGAACUGCACUGGUUUUGCAGUGAAUAGGGCCUUCUUCCCCUACAGUCAGAGUGCACAUCUUCUGUUACACUUGGGAGUUGAUUUAUUUAGAAUUGAUCAGCUUAUUAGCAACUUUGGCCUUCCGUUGGGGCCUUUCCAGCUUCAGGAUGUUGCAGGUUAUGGAGUAGUUGUUGCAACAACAGAAAUAUUCCGUACAUCAUUUCCUGAUAGGACCUUUCAAUCUCCAUUGGUUGGGCUUCUUUUAAAGAAUGGGAGAAAUGGUAAAAAUAACGGAAAAGGAUAUUAUAUCUUUGAGAAAGGAAGCAAGCCCAAACCUGAUCCUUCCGUGCUCCCGAUAAUAGAGGAAUCUAGAAGAACUAUAAAUAUCAUGCCUGGUGGCAAGCCUAUAUCUGUUACCGAUGAAGAAAUUAUUCAGAUGAUACUGUUUCCAGUAGUGAAUGAAGCAUGUCGUGUAUUAGAUGAAGGGGUGGUUGUCCGAGCAUCGGAUCUUGAUACUGCCUCUAUUCUUGGCAUGAGUUUCCCAUCUUAUCGCGGCGGUAUUAUUUUCUGGGCAGACACCAUUGGAGCAGAUAUCAUAUACAAAAGUCUCCAGAAGUGGUCUGAACUAUAUGGUAACUUCUUCAGACCAUCACGGUAUCUGGAAGAAAGAGCAACCAGAGGCAUCCCAUUGAGUGCACCUGCCGCAACAUCUCCUGCAGCAAAGGCGCGACUGUGAUUCUUCUGCUGGAUAUUUUGGGCGAGGGGGAGAGAAUAGCUUUAUUUUGUGCCAACCAUGUAAUAACAUAAGCUCUCUGUGGCUCCUCAAUCAGCCCUUCAUUCCAAUACCCAAGGAAAAUAAAGAGCAAAAGUUAUCUGUAUCUGUAGUGGUGUAACAGACAAUUCGUGUUGAUCCAACAUUUACCAACUUAUUAUGAACAUCUAGUACAAUAUCGUAUAAUGUGUAGAGUAAGUGUGGAAAUGAUUGCAAUAAAUGAUGUUGGCUUAGAGUAAUAUCUCAUUUAUCA